AUGGGGGCUGGCCUGGAGAAGACAAGUCCUACCAUCCUCACCUGUCUAGCUCACCUAGGGCUAGAUAUUGACUGCAUUCUCAUGCCAGCUGUAUACAUAGGUCUACUUACCGUAGAUGUAGUGGUCGAGGUUGUGGAUACCAGACGCGCUCAACGCGCUCUCCCAAUCGCAGCCGAGUCAUUCUCAACGUUGCGCCUGCAGUGCGUACAUCUCAGCACUAACAAUAAAAUCACCUCCCCAACCACCAGCAACCCAACCUUUGCCCAUCUGCCCUUGACACCAGCAGCCAUCAUGGCAAAGAAAGCCAAAUCCCGCACCAUAGCCGUCCGCCUCAUCUCCAUGGCCUUAACAGGCUACUAUCGAACCCUCCGGCGGCCCCGCGUGCACAGGCCGCUUUCGAUGCUGAAGUACGAUCCUGUCGUGAAAAAGCAGGUCCUUUUCCUCGAGCAGAAACGCGGUGGGAAGUGA